CGAGCGGACCGGCGGCCCUCGGGACCAGCCAUGCCGGCGGCGCGCGUGGAGUACAUCGCGCCCUGGUGGGUGGUGUGGCUGCACAGCGUCCCGCACUUCGGCCUGCACCUGCAGCCGGUGGACAGCACCUUCCGUCCCGGCGACCCGAGUUACCAGGAGUCCCUGCUGUUCCUGGGGCUGCUGGCCGCCGUGGGCCUGGGGCUGAACCUCGCCUUCCUCGCCGCUUACGUGGUGUGCUCCUGCUGCCGCCAGCGAGACCACGGGGCGCAGAGCAAGCAGCGCGGCUCCUGCUGCGUCACCUGGACGGCGGUGGCGGCCGGGCUCUUCUGCUGUGCUGCGGUGGGCGUCGGUUUCUAUGGCAACAGCGAGGCCAACGAUGGGAUGUACCAGCUGAUUUAUUCCUUGGACAAUGCGAACCACACCUUCUCAGGGAUCGAUGAGCUGGUGUCUGGAAACACUCACAAGAUGAAGGAGGAGCUGGAGCAGCACCUGGACCGGCUGGGUGAGAUCUUUGCUGCCCGGGGUGACUACAUCCAGACCCUGAAAUUCGUGCGGCAGAUGGCCGACAACAUCAUUGUGCAGCUCUCGGGCCUGCCGGUGUGGACCGAGGUCACCGCGAAGCUCACCGAGAUCUCAGACCAGACCAGCUUUGUGGAACACUACAGGUGGCUCUCUUACCUCCUGCUCUUCAUCUUGGACCUGGUCAUCUGCCUGGUCACCUGCCUGGGACUGGCCAAGCACUCCCGGUGUCUCCUGGCCUCGAUGCUGUGCUGCGGAGUGCUGACACUGCUCCUGAGCUGGGCUUCCCUGGCUGCCGACACCGCUGCCGCUGUGAGCACCAGUGAUUUCUGCGUGGCUCCUGACGCCUUCAUUCUCAACGCCACGCAGGACCAGAUCAGCACAGAAGUGACCCGCUACUACCUGCACUGCGGUCAGAGCGUCAGCAGCCCCUUCCAGCAGACCCUCACCGUCUUCCAGCGCUCUCUGAGCGCCAUGCAGAUUCAGGUCUCGGGACUGCUCCAGUUCACCGUGCCCCUCUUCCCCACGGCAGAGAAGGAGCUCCUGGGGGUGCAGCUCCUCCUGAACGCGUCGGAGACCAGCCUUCACCAGCUCAUGGCCAUGCUGGACUGCCGAGGCCUGCACAAGGAUUACCUGGACGCCCUGACCGGGGUCUGCUAUGACGGCAUCGAGGGCCUGCUCUUCCUCGGCCUCUUCUCCGUGCUGGCCGCCCUGGCCUUCUCCACCCUCAUCUGCGUGGGACCGCGGGCUUGGAGGCACUUCGCCACCCGGGACCGGGACUACGACGACAUCGACGAGGACGACCCCUUCAACCCCCAAGCGCGGCGCAUCGCGGCCUACAAUCCCCCGCGGGGACAGCUCCACAGCUUCUGCAGCUACAGCAGUGGCCUGGGCAGUCAGAGCAGCCUGCAGCCGCCCGCCCAGACCAUCUCCAACGCCCCGGUCUCCGAGUACAUGAACCAAGCCAUGCUCUUCGGCGGGAACCCACGCUAUGAGAACGUCCCACUCAUCGGGAGAGGCUCUCCUCCGCCCACUUACUCCCCCAGCAUGAGGCCCACCUACAUGUCCGUGGCCGACGAGCACCUGAGACACUACGAGUUUCCUUCCUAGUGGACUCGGCCUCCUCCUCCCGGUUUGGUUUUUAAUGAAUGCAAACAGAAGCUGCAUUUCUUUCCUGGAAACCAAAGGCACACGGACACUGACAGGUUCCGGGGGGGCCACGGAGGUGCUGUGAGGACCCCUGACCAAAGCUCCUGACCGGGCCGAGCCGGCCCCCCUCCUCCCCCGCCCUCCCCCCCCCCAGAACAGCCAGGGCCUGGCUGAAGGUCCCGAGGCAGCUGUGUGGGCCAGUCACCCCCAUGUGCCGUCCACCCAGAUGGGGAGUAGCAGGAGGAGGGGGGGCCAUGGCAGACACAGGCACCACCAGCCUGAGCGCCCCUCCACCAGGACGGGGCCCUUGUUACCCCGGCCCUCAGCCCGGGCAGCCGCUCUCUGGGGCACUUCCGCCUCCAUUUCCCCAGCAGGAAACACGGGGGGGUGGGGUGGGGUGGGGAGCGCUGGCCAGGAGUCCAGAACAUGGUGGAAUAUGAGUCCCGGGGCCAGCGUCAGGCGUGCUGUGCCCUCGGGGGGCUGUGGGCUGGGUGCCCACCACGGCGCGGCUCUCUCCAGUGUUCUGCCGUCUCUCACCUCGGUUGCUCACCUCCAGCCCUGAGCGGAUGCAGGGAGCCGGUGGGCGUCAGUGAGGGCUGCUCUCCGGUAUGAGCAGACCGCUUGGCAAGGCGCCUAACACUCUUCCCCAGUGAUCCCAACGCGGUGACUCAUACCAAACACAUCCAUUUUUUUUUUUUGCACAGGAGGUUUUGGGGCUUGCUUCUCACAUCUGGAUUUUAUGCCGUGGCUUUGCAGGAUUUGCUGGCACCAGCCAGUUCCCGUGUGUGUGUGUGCGUGUGUGUGUGUGCG